CAUGGCUUGAACCAUGUGCGCCUCGCCUCGCCUUGUCGCUCCUGUUGUCGUUUCAUCGGUAUAAGUACAGACGAGUGCCUGUUCACCCUGCCCUCACCCGUUUCGCGCGUCAAUUGCUCGUCCAUAGCGACAGUCAUUCGUUUAACAUACCGUUUUAAUCACUAAUUGAAGUCGACCAUCACACUCGCUACUCGAACCGUCAAGUCUUGGAAUAGCCCUAUCACACCUAACACAACUGCAUAAUGCGUUUCUCCGAGCUGUUCGCCGCCUCAUCGGUGGCCUCCCUCGUUGCCGCCCACGGUGACAUUCAGGGAGCCCCCAAGCUCUUUGGUCUGCCUAGCGACAUCAAGAUCAGAACCCCUUCUCCUCGUGCUGCUCGUGCUGCCGCUGCUCCGGGUCCUCAUUACCUUCAUGCUCGUCAGGGUGGUGACGCCAACAAUCGUUGUGGACCUAGCUUCGGCAACGCUAAGUGCGCUACCGGUUUCUGCUGCUCUGGUGCCGGAUACUGUGGAAACAGCCCCGACCACUGCAACGCUCCUGACUGCUUGUUCAACUUUGGUCCUGCCUGCGAUGCCAACAAGACGCCUGCUGGAGCCUCCACCCGCAACGAUGCUCGUCCUCAGAAGGGCAGUGUACAGUAUGGUGGUGCUGGCAUCUACGCAUGCCGCAAGGCAGGAACUGUUGCCAUUACUUACGAUGACGGUCCAUACACCUACACUAACGAGGUUCUGAACAAGUUUGCUGCUGCCGGUUUCAAAGCCACAUUUUUCGUCACCGGUAUCAACAUCGGUAAGGGUGCUAUCGAUGAGAAGUGGGGUACUGUCAUCAAGCGUAUGGUCGCCGAUGGACACCAGGUUGCGUCCCACACUUGGUCUCACCAGGAUCUUUCCGCCAUCACUGAGGCUCAGGUCUACGAUCAGAUGGUCAAGAACGAGAUGGCCAUCCGUAACAUCAUCGGCAAAUACCCCACCUACAUGCGACCUCCCUACUCGUCUUGCAACACCGUCUGCCAGAGCGUUAUGCAGAAGCUCGGAUAUGUCAUCUCCUACUUCGACUUGGACACUGAUGACUACAACCAACUCACACGUGAGAAGAUCGAAGUCGCUAAGAACAACUUCCGCAACGCUGUGAACCCCGCCAACCCGGCCACCCAGAGCAAGCUUGCCAUUGCACACGACAUCCACGAGCUUACCGCUCUCAACCUCACUGUCACCAUGAUUGAGACCCUCCAAGCACGUGGCUUCAAGGGUGUCACCAUGGGUGAGUGCAUGAACGAGCCCCUUGCCAACUGGUACCGUGACUCCACACCUGGAACCGUUACUCCCUCGUCCACUCGUACCUCUACCGGUCCCACUGCUACCCCCACUGGCGUCAUCUCCACCGAUGGAAGCUGCGGUCCCCAGGGCAAGAACCAGAUCUGCCGUGGCUCAACCUUCGGAAACUGCUGCUCGCAGUACGGGUGGUGCGGAUCCACUACUGACCACUGUGGAACUGGCUGCAACAGCGCGUUCGGCACUUGCGGCACCAACGCUAACCCCAGCUCCGCUCCUACUUCGUCUGCUGCUCCUCAACCCACUAGUGCGUUGAAGACUUCCGUUGAUGGUACCUGCGGUGCCUCCUCUGGCUUCACUUGCGUUGGCUUUGUCCAUGAAGGUGCUAAAGCAGAGUGUUGUUCGCAGUACAAUUUCUGUGGAUCCUCUACUGGUCAUUGCGGGACCGGAUGCAACCCGCUUGCGGGUAAAUGCGGCUCUGUAAGUGAUUCUGUCUCGUCUUCGGUUGCCCAAUCUUCAUCGGCCCCCGUUUCCUCAACUACUCAGCACGACUUCACCUCUUCCUCAGCAGCCCACACUCCUUCUAUCACUUCGACUACGGUUCACUCUUCGUCGGCUUCGCCCUCUGUCUCUACCGAUGAGUCUGGCGACAAGUCCAGCACAAUCUCUUCAAUCCACUCAGACGUUACGUCCUCUGCUUCCGAGCACGAGUCUAGCACCAUCUCUUCCGUCCACCCAGACGUUACGUCCUCUGCUUCAGAACACGAGUCUAGCACCGUCUCUUCCGAGCACGAGUCCAGCACAAUCUCUUCAAUCCACUCAGACGUUACGUCCUCUGCUUCCGAGCACGAGUCUAGCACCGUCUCUUCCGUCUACCCCCUGAGCUCUUCAUCGAGUAUCGUACCAACACAGUCCAGUCAAACUAGCUCGGUUUACGCCGACGACCACUCGACCGUGGCCUCCUCGACUAGCGACCACAUGGCCUCCUCGACCGCCACCCCCUCUCUUACCUCGUCUACUCCUGAAUAUCCUACCACCCUCAGCUCUUCGGUCAAGCCUGCGGCGUCUACUACCUCAUCGACUCCACUCCCUACACCCUCUAAGGCCGUCUCCAAGGACGGUAAGUGCGGUGGUGAGAACAGUCAGACUUGUGCUGGCUACAAGAACAGCUUUGGCUUCAAGCUUGAGUGCUGUUGCAAGACAACCGGUCGCUGCUCUGCUGACCCUUGGGCCUGCACCGCUGGCUGUGACAAGAAGAACGGAAAGUGCUGGUACUAGGUGCUAGUACUAAGGUGCACACUGUGGUAUAUGACGAGCUUAUUUUCUUAACUAUUUAGGCGUUUGAUACGGUGGAUUGUUGUACUGUGGCAGGAUUGAUCAUGUGGUAAUAUCGGUAGAAAAGAUAUCAUACGAUGAAGUAAUCAUGAUGAUGGUGACUCGAAU